GGAACGCUCUGGAGCCGUUUCCGGCCACCUCAGCGGGAAGCGGAGACGCCAGCAGCUAGCUGUUGCGGAGCUCAGCGGGAGGUGUAACUGGCCACCGCGAGAGAAGAAGGGAGGGCAGUGACUGAGGCGGCGGGUCUCCACAGCCAGGGAAGAUGGUGCUGCUGACGAUGAUCGCCCGCGUGGCGGACGGGCUUCCGCUGGCCGCUUCGAUGCAGGAGGACGAGCAGUCAGGCCGAGACCUUCAGCAGUACCAGAGUCAGGCUAAGCAACUCUUCCGAAAAUUGAAUGAACAGUCCCCUACCAGAUGUACCUUGGAAGCAGGAGCCAUGACUUUUCACUAUAUCAUUGAGCAGGGGGUGUGCUAUCUGGUUUUGUGUGAAGCCGCCUUCCCUAAGAAGCUGGCCUUCGCCUACCUAGAGGACUUGCACUCGGAGUUUGAUGAGCAGCAUGGGAAGAAGGUGCCCACUGUGUCUAGGCCCUACUCCUUCAUCGAGUUUGAUACCUUCAUUCAGAAAACCAAGAAGCUCUACAUCGACAGCCGUGCUCGGAGAAACCUAGGCUCCAUCAACACUGAACUGCAAGACGUGCAGAGGAUCAUGGUGGCCAAUAUCGAAGAAGUCUUACAGCGGGGAGAAGCACUGUCAGCAUUGGAUUCAAAGGCUAACAAUUUGUCCAGUCUAUCUAAGAAAUACCGCCAGGAUGCGAAGUACCUGAACAUGCGUUCCACUUACGCCAAGCUCGCGGCGGUGGCCGUGUUCUUCAUCAUGCUGAUAGUGUAUGUGCGGUUUUGGUGGCUGUGAGGUAGUGAGCCUAGUCACUGGGAAGGGAGAACCUAGACCCUGGCGGGUGUGUGUUUUCAGGAACCUGAACUCACAGGGCUGUGCAUUAGAAUCCAAGUGGAACUUCUGCCUCUCAAGACCUUGCAAGAAAGACCUGUCCUGAAAAUGAAAGCUGGCGCCUUGUUUAAGGAAGCUUGGCCCAUGUGGAAGUCUCUCUGGGGGGAGAGGCUUUCUCUGGGUGCUAAGCCAUAUGUAUUAGGGAACAUUAGGUUGUUUGUUUUGUUUCUUUCCCUCCCAGUACAUUUGUAAGACAGCAGAACUGGGGCAGUCUCUCUCUCUCUCUCUCUCUCUCUCUCUCUCUCUCUCUGAUGGAGCUGUCAGUGAGAUUUAAGAUAGCCAACCAUGCUAGCAACAACCUGAAAUUCCUUUAAAGAAGGUGGCCCUUUGGGGAGUCUUAACUGUAAUCGACAUUCCUUGAUUGGUGACAUUUGUGACUGACUUGCAAGUAAGACUCGGAGUAUGUGAAGGGUAACUGCUUUGGCGCACACAUCCUGUGUGUUGCCACUGGAGGAAGUUAACCGUUGUUAUUUUCCUUUUAUAUUUUGCUUAUUGCACAGUUGCUUUGGGUUAAAUCAAUUACAUUAAUAUGCCUUGAAAUUAUAUAGUAUUGCUUGACUAAAAGGAUGAAAUUUUUCUGUCGUUCCUUUUUGUUUGUUUGUUUUUAUUGUUUUAUUUUUUGUUCUGUUGAGACAGGGUGUCUAGCCUCAGCUGUCUGGAACUCAUGUAGACCAUGCUGGCCUCGAGAUUACAGAAGUCCCCCUGCCUCCUCAUUUCCUCUUUCAUUCUCUUAGGACAUCAUUAUUUUGGAGUGUUUGGUCGCUGUGGCAUGAACGUAGCACAGGUAGUCAGAGCCCUGCUUCGUGAGAAGAAAGGCCCGGCUC